AGUCCCAAAGCGCUGCCGGCGCUGCAGUCCCCGAGCGCUGCCGGCGCUGCUCCGCUGCCGAGCCGAGGUCACGGGACCGUCCCCCACUGCAGCCGCGUCCCCGCCGCAGAAGGAGCGAGGCCGAUCCCUGCGCAUCCCCGCAGCACCAUGACUCUUCAGGCUGACUUUGAUAGUGCUGCAGAAGAUGUAAAAAAAUUAAAAACAAGACCAACUGAUGAAGAACUGAAGGAACUAUAUGGAUUCUACAAACAGGCCACUGUUGGAGAUAUUAAUAUUGAAUGUCCAGGAAUGCUAGAUUUGAAAGGCAAAGCCAAAUGGGAGGCAUGGAACCUGAAAAAAGGUUUAUCAAAGGAGGAUGCCAUGAAUGCCUAUAUCUCUAAAGCAAGAGCAAUGGUAGAAAAAUAUGGGAUCUAGAAUAUUCAAAAUAAUUCCCACUAAUACUUAACUCUUCAGUAGCUAAUGAACUAACUGUUGAGAAAAAUGCAGUACUACCUCCUUAUUGUGAGGUCUGACAGCAAUAUCUUUUAAGCAUAAGCUGUUUGACUGUAAAGGGUAUUUACAUAUAAUCUAUUUUUAACUUGUAUAUUAAUCUAAAUAAAUUUGAACUGAAUAAAUGAA